AUGAAAUUCUUAAUUGCUUUAAUGUUCUGUUUGAUUGCUGUCGCCAUUGCUGCUCCCCAAGAGGCUGAACAUGAUGAACAUGAUGCCCAAAUUCUACGCCAGGAAGUCGAUAAUAAUGGUGUGGAUAAAUACAAUUUUGCCUAUGAUACCAGCAACGGUAUUUCCCGUCAGGAAACUGGUGAACUGAAAACCACCGAUGAUGGUUCGGUCAUUAUAAUGCAAGGCUCUACCAGCUGGACAGCUCCCGAUGGUAAAAAAUACGAAAUUUCCUUUGUGGCUGAUGAAUUUGGUUACCAUCCAACAUUCAAACAAAUUUCUUAA